CAAUCAGUAAAGAGAAUGCUGAGUGGUUCAUUGAUUGGUCCAAUCGGUAGGCGUCCGGGCUUCUCUUCCUGGUGUUCACCUCUAACAAGUCCGACUCCGCCUCCUUUAGUGAAGGUUCCUGCGGUGACUGAGUCACGUCGUCCACAACUUCACACCUUUUCUUCCAACAUGUCUGGCCGGGUCCUCGUCGGAGUCAAGCGUGUCAUCGACUACGCAGUGAAGAUCCGCGUGAAGCCCGACAACAGCGGCGUGGUGACGGAUGGCGUCAAACACUCCAUGAACCCCUUCUGCGAGAUCGCCGUGGAGGAGGCGGUCAAGCUAAGGGAGAAGAAGCUCAUCAAAGAGGUGGUGGCGGUGAGCUGCGGCCCACAGCAGGCACAGGAGACGAUCCGCACCGCCCUGGCCAUGGGAGCAGACCGUGGCAUCCACGUGGAAGUGUCUGGGAAGGACUACGACAACCUGGGACCCCUGCAGGUGUCUAAGAUCCUCGCUGCUUUGGCCAAGAAGGAAGAGGCUCAGCUUGUAAUCCUUGGCAAACAGGCCAUAGAUGACGACUGCAAUCAGACUGGACAAAUGACGGCAGCCUUGCUGGACUGGCCUCAGGGUACUUUUGCGUCGGAGGUAACGAUGGAGGGCGACAAGCUGAAAGUGGUGCGAGAGAUCGACGGCGGCCUGGAGACCAUUAAGAUCAACACACCCGCAGUGUUGACGGCGGACCUCAGGCUCAACACGCCACGAUAUGCCACCCUGCCCAAUAUCAUGAAAGCCAAGAAGAAGAAAAUAGCCAAGGUGAAGCCGGCCGACCUGGGCGUGGACCUGACUCCGGGGCUGGAGGUGCUGAGAGUGGACGAGCCUCCGCAGAGGCUGGCCGGGAUCAAAGUGGAGUCGGUGGAAGACCUGGUGGGAAAACUAAAGGAGACGGGCAGCAUAUGAAAAAAUAAACAACUGGAAUGACAUCAAUGAAGGGAGAUCAGAACUAAGCAGAAAUUACUGAGAAACACCGUCCUGCUGCAGAGCCACACAACGCCAACACCCCAAAGGUCUUUUUUCUUUCAUUGUCACAGGUGUCAUCAACUAUUAAUCCACCCCAAAGGGUUUUUUUUUGUCAGACUUGAGCACCAAUCACGGUGCUUGUAAAUGAUUGUAAAUAUACAGAGGCAAUGACAGGGCUGGAUGCAUUGAAUGGAUCCCAGGGUGGUGUGUCUCAGUAUAUGGAAAACAUUUUAGCCACAAGCGCCUCGAUUCUCUGCCGAUUGUACAUUUAUCAUGGCAAUAAAGCAGCGUUUUUUUCAUAAUCAAA